UCUCGUGUGUGCGUGUUGAUGUGUUUGUGUGCGAAUCGUUGCUCCGCGCAGGCAGCAGCCCGUGUUUGCGUGCGCCCGGGAGGUGCUGCCCUACUUCUGGGUGAGCCUCUCCGUGCUCUGGGAAGGCCGAGAGACGCAGGUGCACCGUACAGGGACCUUAUAAAGGGCCACAGCAGGAGCCCUGGAACUUCUGGUAGUUUGACCUUAAAACUGUGCUUGGCCAAAAGCUCUGCCGGUGUAAGAUAUUACGUUAGCAGUGUACGCUGCUGUCCUAUGCUCGUGUUUCUAUUCUACUGUAGAAUGGUUUGCGUUGGAGGGGACCUUAAAGAAGGGACCUUUCCAGCCGCACUGCUAUGGGCAGGGACACCUCCAACUAGAGCAGAUUGCUGAGAGCUCUAACCAGCCUGGUCUUGAACAUCUCCAGCGGUGGGGCAUCCACAGCUUCUCUGGGCAACCUGUUUCAGUGCCUGUGUGCUGGGUUCAGGUCUGCUGUCUGUAGCCUCCUUGCUAUCCCAGGGAUUUCAGUAGAUUUCUUCACAUUAAAGCUAUGGUAAUUGUAGUCUAAACAAAUCUGGGGGAGGAAAUCAUAUCCCCGGGCAUCUGGGAGGCAAGAAACCUUCUCUUGUUGGAAAGGCAGGAACUGUUUGUUCACAUCUUGGGAGAAGAAAUUUGGUGGCUUUCCCAGCGCAUACAAGAGGUAAUCAGACAAGAGUGUGUGGUGGCCUCUAUAUAAAGCAGCUCUUGAGUCUGUGGUGGAAUUUGUGUAGGCUAUUCCUUUGCCAUAGGAAAGAUCAUCACUAUUAGAUGCCAGACCAAGUUGCCAGCUGUGCUAAGCUGCAAACAAAAUGUCUAAGUAUAGGCUUAUUCUCUUAAGACAUGGGGAAGGAGCCUGGACCAAGGAGAAUCGCUUCUGCAGCUGGGUGGACCAGAAGCUGAGCAGUGAUGGGAUAAAGGAAGCUCAGAACUGUGGCAAACACCUUAAAGCACUGGGAUUUGAGUUUGACCUAGUCUUCACCUCUGUACUGAGCCGCUCCAUCCAGACUGCAUGGCUGAUCCUGGAAGAGAUGGGCCAAGAGUGGGUCCCCAUUCAGAGUUCCUGGCGGCUGAAUGAGCGUCACUAUGGUGCACUGAUCGGGCUCAACAGAGCAGAAAUGGCUCUGAAUCACGGGGAGGAGCAAGUAAAAAUAUGGAGGAGAAGCUAUGAUGUUACCCCACCUCCCAUAUCUGAAUCUCACCCUUACUAUGAAGUGAUAUACAAUGAUCGCCGCUAUAAAUGCAGUGAUGUCUCUCAGGAUAAUCUCCCAAAAGCUGAAAGUCUAAAAGAUGUGCUUGAUAGACUGCUUCCCUAUUGGAAUGAAAAGAUAGUGCCAGAACUAAAAAGUGGCAAAAUGAUUCUUAUCUCUGCUCAUGGUAACAGCAGCAGGGCGUUGCUGAAACACGUUGAAGGCAUCUCCGAUGAGGACAUCAUCAAUGUUACUCUCCCCACUGGUGUGCCCAUACUUCUUGAAUUUGAUGAGAAUUUGCACCCUCUGGGCCCUCACCAGUUUCUGGGUGAUCAAGAAGCUAUCCAAGCUGCCAUCAAAAAAGUGGAAGAUCAAGGGAAAGUAAAAUCUGUUGAGAAGUAAAAGGCCACUGACUAACACAGCUGUGUUCAAAGUGUGGUAGUAAGUGACAAUAUAUGUAUGACUGCUAGGUUGCACUGUGUGAAUGUCUCAAUUUCAGGCACUAAAUAAUUAGAAGGGACAAUUGUUGAGUCUCAGGUUAAUAGCUUAACCCUUUGCCUUUUCAAAAACUGGACUUUGGAUCACAAUAUGAGGUUAUCAGUACUGAAAACAGAAAUGAAAAGAUGAUUCAGGUAAUGGAAACUUGUAAAGCAGUCUACCCCAGAUCUGGGACUGAGGAUGGCCCAGUACAGGAAAAAAAGGGAUGUGUUAUUUUCGGCUACCAACAAUCAGUCCUAAUCUGUUAAAGAGAAAAGCACCAGCUUACUGGACUAAUUAAGUCCAGGUUGUUAUAGGUGCUAAAACUUUCUCAUUGUCAAAGUGGCAUCAGAUAACUCUGUUAUCAAUGGUGAUUCUUCUAUGUCAGCAGCAAUGACAAUUUGUUCUGAAUGGGUUUCCCUCAGUCUUUCAGAACACUUCCAGUUGGACAACUCUCUGCCUUUUGUUAUUUUGAGUCUUCCAUGGCCAUGCAUGAUACAGAGAAUUUUGUAGAGAUGUUCUGUUAUAUAUCAUAUUUGUCUUUUAUUACAGUAUAUUCCAUUUUUUUAAAGGAAUCUAGAUGGAAUUCCUUUUCCUCCAAAAUCUCUGCAAAGCCUAGCAUGACUGCAUUUUGCUGGCUUGCAGUAAUAGUAUCUAACUCAGACUUAAGUACACAAAAGAAGUUUCCUGCUCAGUGUUUAAAUUAUAUUGGAGCUCUUAGUGAGGUACCUGAAUACUUUUGAAACACUUCUGUAACAUUUACUAGAGGUUUGAUCAUCCCUUAGUCAAGUUAUUAGAAUAAUUCAUUAAAACUGAAUAUGUGUGUAUAUGUGUGUGUAUAUAUAUGUGUGUAUAUAUAUAUCAAUAAAACUGGAUAUAGGACUCCCCCCCCAAGCUUUCCUGAGUUACAAAGAUAUCCUGAUAAAUAUGUUUUACAGUAAUAUUACUGUGGCAUUAUCUGUAUCAAAUUCUCUGAAGGGCUGGAAGAGAUGUAUGAGGCAGGUAAGAAGUGUUACUGGGUACAGCUCAUUCAGCCAUUGUGCUUGUAGGGAGGGAUAUUCUGCCAAACCUGAGUCUGACCUUGCUGUUUUUUGGCACUGAUUUUGAUCAGUUCACACUGUGGUUGGGUGUCAUGUAGCAUGUAUGGCACUCUGAUGUUCUCUUUAUGUACACAAGCAUCAGGAUAAUUCCACUUUUGAAGAUUUGCUCUUAGUGUUACUUGCAAAUAUGAUACUGUUACUAAAAUUUAUAUCUGACCCACUGUCACAACAACUGAGCAUCUUGAUUCUGAGCUUGCAUACUGACAUGGGUGUCAUUUGUAUGUGUGCUGUUAGAGCUGAAUGUGUUCUCAGCAUGGCCCAGGUACAAAUAUUGAUGUUAAUGAGAAUUUCCUUGGUAUGAUGAUAGUAUAAACUUUUACAGUCCUAGGGUACGUGCUGCUUUGCAGUGAGCAGCUCUGUAACUUGCUUUGUGAGAGGAUGUUUUUUUGUUUUGAGGAGAGCAAUGUUGACAGUGUUUUGUGCCUCUGACAGUCUUCCUGAUAUGUCGAGCAAGACUUUCCAGGUCUGAUGCCAGGUCAGAGUACUGUAGUACAUAAUUGAUAAAAGAUUUCUUGCUAGAAGGCAAUUUCUCUUGCAUGAAUUAUGCUUGGGCUUCUCUUUGGUUUUGUUUUUGUAGCCCCUGCAGUAGGAACAAAAUUUCAUGUUUCUCUUUCGAAUGUAAAGCUGGUAGGUUUCCUCUUUCUUUGUACAAGAAAGGGGUUUUUUCAGUGUGGUGUGGUGGUGGUUUUUUUUUUUCCCUCUGAAAUACUUUUAGCAGCUUUUCUGCUACUUUAUUUGAUACUGACUUACUCAUUUAUGGGUUUUUAGUUUUCUGAGUGUAGAGUAACUCUGAAUCUUAGUUAAUACUUUACAAGUCAGUGUGACAGAGUUAGAUUGUUGAUCAGCAAAUGUUCACCUGUGAAUACCCUGAGAAGGGCCACUGGCACUCAAGUGAUUAAAUUCUUCCCCAAACAUUAUAUAAUGUGUAAAGUUUAAUAUCAAGUAAGAGUUACUGUAGACUUGUAAACAAGACUAGCAGAGCCACCUGUUGUCAGUGGAAACUGCAUGCAUCCAGAUGUGAGCAUACAGGCCAUGUCCAUAUCCCUUUGGCAUUAUGGUAUUGUAGUGUAGAACUUCUUCAGAACUUGAUGUGCAGCUGGAAUAUAUGUGGAAAUGAAACCAGCUAAACUGGGAGAUAUGCUCUCUCUUCCCCUUCUCUUAGAGAACCCAUGCUCUCUUCUGGGCAAUGGAAAGGUAAGGUAGACAAGUAAAUUUGGAGAGCAUUAUUAUAUCUUGCAGCUGAAUGGAUAAAAUUGAUCAAAACAUCCUUUCAAAGAGUCAUGGAGAGUAACAAAAGAACGCUAAUGUGAUGUUUUCAGGUGAUGCUGUUUUUACAAUGCUGCUUGAGAUGUGAAUAGUGACAGUGCCCUGGGAAGUUUGACUUGAUUGUGACUCCAGAGUGAUGACAGAGUUUUACAUGCAUAUCUGGCAGCAAUAACACCUCGCAAAAUUAUCAGAUGGAACCAACUGGGGAUUUCAUUGUGCUCCUUAAGAUUAUUUUAACACCUUGCAAUGCUUUGUUCUGAAUAACCUUUUAAUUAAAAUCCUGAUUCAUAAAACAUGUAUAUUGAAGAACAGAAACCAACUUCCAUCAACAGUGGCAUAAGGAUUGCUGAUCUUCAGGCAUAGCUACAUGAGAGGGAGACAUGAGAGUCUUGCUGGUGACUUUAGAGAUCAGUGGUUGGGAAGCAUUUUCCCCAUAUUUGAGUAUGCCUCAAAAUCCUAUAAGGUAACUGAUAUUUUACAGUUAACAUAAUGGAUGUGGUUAAUUUGAUUUGUUUAUGCAUUUUUAAUUUGUGGUUCAGUAACAGUAAUAGCUCUAGAUCCUCUUGAAAACCUUUGUAAAUAUGGAGUAGCUGGCAGGUUCUUUCUAGCACAAUAAAUUAAUCUGAAAUAGAA